UUGUGUGAAAAAUAAAAGAACCAAGAACCUGAGAGAGUGGCUGUAUAAUGCCGUACACCACCGCGCCACGGCCGUCGCCGCCGCAGCACAGCCGGAUCGGAGGCUGUGGAGGUGUGGGAGUGUUGAAGGCAGCGGCGGCGGGGGCGCACGCGGCGUCGUGCGUGGCGGUGCCGGCGGAGGUGGCGAGGCACCACGAGCACGCGGCGGGCGUGGGGCAGUGCUGCUCGGCGGUGGUGCAGGCGAUCGCGGCGCCGGUGGACGCGGUGUGGUCGGUGGUGCGGCGGUUCGACCGGCCGCAGGCGUACAAGCACUUCAUCCGGAGCUGCCGCCUCCUGGACGGCGACGGCGGCGCGGUGGGGUCGGUGCGGGAGGUGCGGGUGGUGUCGGGCCUCCCCGCCACCAGCAGCCGCGAGCGGCUGGAGAUCCUCGACGACGAGCGCCGCGUGCUCAGCUUCCGGGUCGUCGGCGGCGAGCACCGCCUCUCCAACUACCGGUCGGUCACCACCGUGCACGAGGCCGCGCAGCCGGGUGGCGGUGCCACCGGCCGCGGCGCCACCACCGUCGUGGUGGAGUCCUACGUUGUGGACGUGCCCCACGGCAACACCGCCGACGAGACGCGCAUGUUCGUGGACACCAUCGUCCGGUGCAACCUCCAGUCGCUGGCCCGCACCGCCGAGCAGCUCGCCCUCGUCGCGCCGCCUAGCUAGCCAAUAGCCUUUCCUCUCCCUCCUCCUGCCUGACCUGACGUGAUCACCGGCAAGCACCGGCCGGCUCGCGCGCCGGUUUUUUUUCCGGGAGGUCGACGCUUCUUAUCGCUUCUUGACUUCUUCUCGUGUUUGGCUCUUUCGAUGGUAGAUCGAUCAGCGUUUGGUUUCUAGUUUGUAUUUUUUUCCCCUUCUCUUCUUUGCUCGUUGACAACACAAAGUACAAAUCAUUUGUGUGGGUGCUGCCUGAUUAACUAUUGUUCAUACACAUGUAGUACAACUCUUAUUACUAGCUAUAUAUUUCUAGUUUGCUGCACCUCUUUCCCUAGCUAAUGUUAUUACUGGAUCAUUGUUAGUGCCUAAUCAUCUUUCUUCAAUGUCAGUUUCCUGCAGCCAAAUUUGAGAUAAGAGUAGGUGGUUAAUUUAGUGUGCUUAAUUAGGAACAGUUGUUCAGAUGGAAUGCACAUGGAGGUGUGUUUAAUUGCAGGGGUAGUGACCAAACAUUUUAGUCGACCCUUGUUUAUGUUGGAAUAGUGAGGGGGCAUGAUAGCUAAUCGUGACCUGGCUGCUAGUUAAAGUAUCUAAUCUUUGUUGUAUAUGUGUUUGCUUAUCACUACUGAAUCAUGCAUGCAUGAAUGGUAUGUCAGAACUAAU